UGUAUCUGUAUCUGUCUGUCUGUCUUUCUGUCUGUCUCUGUGUGUGUGUGUGUGUGUAUGAGUGAAGAGCAUUUUCAAGAGGAUAUCCAUUGCGAGGGUGUGCGUGUGUGUAUCGUGUCGGGUCAGUUGAGCGUUCAAGGACUUUUUCCAGUGCUGCGCCAGCAACAACAAAAGCAGCAACAAUAUGUGUGCAAUAAUAGCAACAACAACAACAAAAACAACAACGAACGUGACAGAAACGUGCCCAUAGGAAAAGGCAUUGAAAAGCUCCAAGGAAAAUAUACAAGUACAAGUACUAUAUUUGAGAAAUAUUUCAAGAAAAUAUUGCAGUUGAAUCGUUCCGCCCCCAGCAACUGCUGCAUUUGCUGCGCUCUUCCUGCUCGUGGACAUGCAUUUCUGGAUAGACAAACGCUCGCAGCAAUGCGGCUUCGGACGCUCUCGUGUGGCUGCCUCCCUCUCCCAUGCCGGGAACGGGCUCAGCUAUGGCCAUCCGCCCAGGCGCGCCAAGUCCUCCAGCUGCAGCACCAUGCCGCCCGUGCACAGAUCCCUGCCACAGACGCCCUAUGACUGCCAUCAGCCGGGGACCAGUCGCCAGUCACAAUCCCAAUCCCACUCCCAAUCCCAAUUACAAUCCCAGUCGCAGUCGCAGUCCCACUCACAGUAUGCCAACAACAAUUCGCUGCAUGGCCAGCAGCAGCUCCAGCAGCAGCAGCAGCAUCAGCAGCAGAUGAUGCAGCAACAUUCCACCAACAACAACAACGUAAACAGCAGCCAGGUGGCUGCCACGGGAACUCCAACUGCCAGCAAUAACAUCACAAACAACAACGCCAGUGGAACUGCUGCCGCGGCGGCGGUACUCACCGGAAGUGGCACCAUCGUGCCACUGGUGGCGCGUAGUUCGCGCUACCAUCCCAGGACGCAGCAGCAGACGCAGCACCAGUACAGCUAUCACCAUCCACAAUUUGGGAACAUGGUGCCAGUCAGACACCACGAUACACAUCAGCAGCAGCAGCAGCAACUGUUGCAACAGCAGCAACAUUCCGGCGUCUAUGCCGAUGAUGCAUACAGCGCCUAUCACCAUAAUCCCCAUCAACAGCAGCAGCAACAGCAGCACCAGCAGCACCAGCAGCAACAGCAUCACCAUCAUCAGCACAGCAGCAGCAGCAGUCACUCCCACAAUCAUAGACAAUCGGGCGCCUAUGCCACGCCGCGUCGCCACAACUCCAGCAGCAGCAUGAGGCAGCCAGCAGCAGCUGCCACAUCCGUCUUAGCACCGGCACCAGUGGCCACUGCUCCCGCAACAUCCGCCCAGACGACGCACAGCAACCAGUUGCAGCAGCAGCAUCAUGCCCUCCUGCAGCACGCAGACUCCCAGCUGCUGCCCAGCCACCUGAAGUGCGGCAUGUGCGCCUCCCUGGUGCUGGCGUCCGUCUUUGUGGCGGGCACCAAGUUCUACUUCGAUCACCAGGGCACCGGUCUGGAGGUGCUGAUCUUCUGCGCCUUCUCGGCCACCUUCUUUCUGGCCGCCUGCAUGGUCAGCCUGUGCCGCAUACCCAAGGGACUGCUGUCGGGCCGUGGCGGGGCCAGGGCAACGGUGUGCCACAGUCGCGGUGUGAACGCGGCCAUGUCAGGAGCGAGUGCGUCGGCGGCGGCCAGCUGCCUGUUGGAGAUGAGCGAUGUGCGGUAUCUGGAGGAGCGGCAGGUGACCACUGGGAGUGCGGCGACGGCCGGUCCACCGCCCUACCAUAUAGCGAUCCUGUUGCCGGAGCAGACGGCCGCAAUGGGCAAGCAGAUGCCGCUGGAUGAGUCGCCGCCGCCGUCCUACGACAAGAUUCUAGUGUAGGCGUAGGGUAGCGCUAGGGCUUUGGAUUUCGGAGGGAGGAAUUGAGCCUCAGUUUGAGUUCGCGGCCCGAACCCUGAACCCCUGAACCCCCAGACCUGAACCCCAAUCCCCCCCCCAUGCCAAGUAUUUUUGCUCAGUAUUUUUCUAAAAUCCCCUUUAUAUAAACAUAUACAUAUAUAUAUAUAUACAUAUAUCAGAUAUACAUACAUAUACUUAUUUAUGGAUAUGUACUUUUAAGCUCCGACUAAUAUUUUUACACUUUGACACUUUCUAAAUCCCGUACUAGGACCCGACUCUGACCCCGAACAAACACAAACACACACAAACACACACACAAACACACACACACACACACUCUUUCGACCCAAAGAUGUCUUCUUCUACUGUCAUUUUUGUUCUGUGAUAUGCUCAAGAAAUCAAGCUAUAGCGAUCGAAGAGAUCAAAGUACCACAUACAUAUAUACAUACAUAUAUAUAUAUAUAUCUUUAUAACCCUUAGCCACGAAACACGAAACACGAAACACGAAACAAGCAACAAACCAAAGCAACGACAAGAGAAAUUAGAAAUACUCGUAGCAGGUGCCGUAGAUACUUACACAUCAAGCAGCAGCAACAGCAGCAGCAGCAGCAGC